UGCGCAUACAAUACCUGAAGUCCGGUUUGAAUUCUCCUUAGGUGAAACGAUUUUUGUGUAAAAUUUUAAGUUACUUGCACUUUGCCAUAAAUCGUGGGAUUAAACAUCAUUAAAAACAUACGUAAAGAGAAUGAUCUAAAAAAAAAGACUAUUUUCACUGUAAAACAUUGGAACUUUUUGACGUCAAAAGGUGAUUGAUAACAGCUUCCAGAAACUGCUGCAUUAAAAUAUUCAUCAUCAUGUCUUCUGAACAAACACAAAGAACACUGGCCAUUAAAUGGAACCCUAAAGAUCUGGAGAUACAAACUAAAUCCAUUGAAAAAACCCUGAAGCCCUUGGUUAUCCAGAUCACGACCUUGGUUAACUCAAAGAUUCCUUCCAAAAAGAAGAAAGGCUGUUCAAAGCGACCCCAAGUCCUUGUAGCUGCUAUUGAGAAGGCUACAGCCAACUUUAUCCAAACUGGUCAAGAAAUUGCUGUAAGCUAUCCCCCAAUGGAAUCUGAGCUCAUGGCUGCAGUAAAUGAGGUUCAAGAAACAGGUGAAAUAAUGAGCAUAUCAGCAAGACAGUUUGCAGAAGAGCCAUGUUCUUCAACAUGUCGUAGUAAGAUGGUGAGAGCUGCUAGAAAUUUGCUAUCUGCUGUAACAAGACUUCUGAUAGUGGCAGACAUGAUUGAUGUUCAAUUGCUUAUGAAAUGUCUACAAAGUCUAGAAGAUGACUUAGAAAGAAUCAAGAAUACAUCUAGCCAAGCAGAGUUGAUGGAGUCAUAUAAAUGUUUUGAAAAAAAGACUAAAGAUUUAUUACAUAAAGCAGCCAAAAGGCAAGCAGAACUGAAAGAUACUUGUCUCAGAGAAGAGCUUGCUGCUGCUCGAGCUCUACUAAAAAAGAACAUGCUGAUGCUGUUGACAGCUUCAAAGGUUUACAUUCGUCAUCCUGAACUCGAUGCUGCUCGAGAAAACAGAGACUACAUUCUCAGGCAAAUUUGUGAGGCAGUAAACACUAUUAGUGAAGUGGCUCAAGGACAUGCAGUAGGUAUAACAAAUCGGAGUGAUCAGCAGGGGGUGUUAGCAGCUCUUGACCAAUUUGAUAUAAAAGUUGAUAUGAACCCUGCAUCAUAUGAUGAGGUCAAGACACGCACUGAUCUUGAAGAACAGCUGGAAGGCAUCAUUCGCAGUGCAGCCAUGGUUGCAGACUACCCAAACACUCGGGAUGAGCGCCGAGAGAGAAUUAUUACAGAAUGCAAUGCUGUUCGCCAAGCCUUACAAGAUCUUUUAUCUGAAUACAUGGCUAAUAUUGGAAAUGCCAAGCCCUCAGAAUCUCUUCAUUCAGCAGUGGAAGUAAUAACUAGUAAAACUGGUGACCUUCGUCGACAACUGCGCAAAGCUGUGGGUGAUAAUGUAUCAGACUUUUUCAUGCAAACAGAACUUCCACUGUUAGCUUUGGUUCAAUCUGCCAAAGAUGGAAAUAUGGAACAAAUGAAAACCACAGCUGAAAUGUUUACUGUACAUGCUGAAAAAUUAAUUGAGGUUGCUGCUAUGGCAUGUUCCAUGUCCAGUAAUGAAGAAGGUGUAAAAAUGGUACAGUAUGCAUGUAAGCAGAUAGACAACUUGUAUCCUCAGAAUCAGUAUGAUACUAACUGUUUUGAAAAUACUCUAAUGUGUGUAAAAAUUUUCUUAAAUAUAGAGGAUCACAUAAUAGAAGAUAUGAAGAAAUGUGUGGCAGCUAUCCAAGACUAUGACCAAGAAUUACUUGAUUAUCUUGCUGCACAGGUCCAUAGUCGAGCCAUUCGUGUUUGUAAUGUUGUUACAGCUGAGAUGGACAAGUAUGAUGAUGAAAGAUACAAGCAACGUGUUUUCCAGUCCAUCCAUUGGUUGAAAGAAAAUGUUAUAAAUAACUUUAAAUCCCAAGUUGAGGUUACAUUGAAAGCCUUAUCCUGUGAUUCACCAGAAGAUUUGAAUGAGAAUGGAUUCAUAGAAGCCUCACGAGUGUUAUAUGACAGUAUUCAGGAAAUCAGGAAGAACAUACUGACAAAAAGAACAGCAGAAGAAAUUGACCCAGAGGAAGUGGACCUCAGCUCCUCUUGUGGGUCAGAAAACAUGUCACAUGAAUUUUUGGACUAUGGAAGUAAGAGUAACAUAAAAAUGGUGUUAGUUGGCAGAGGACCUUUGAAAACAACUAUGGAUGUCAUUCAGGCGGCAAAAAUGAUUUCUAACUAUGGUGUUAAGUUAGACAAGAUUGCCACAGAAAUUGUACAACAAUGUCCAGAAUCUAGCACUAAGAAUGAUUUGUUAGCUUAUCUCCAACGAAUAGCUCUCUAUACUCAUCAGUUAAACAUCACCAGUAAGGUUAAGGCUGAUGUACAGAGCAUCUCUGGAAAUUUGAUUGUUACAGGGCUGGAUAGUGCAACUUCUUUAAUACAGGCAGCAAAGAAUUUGAUGAACAAUGUUGUGUUAACAGUCAAGGCAUCUUAUGUGGCCUUCAAUAAGUAUCCAAGAACUGGUGCAGUUAAUGUAAGUUAAUGUUUUCUUGUUAUUAUCUUCUUCUAGUGUUGACAUU